CAUCAUUCAACCUUUUCAACCACCACUCUUCUGUUAGAUGUCUGAGGUUGCUGGGCCCUCAGAUCUUCUCCUUUCCCCUCAUGAAAUUACUAAUAUUGCUCAUCAAGUAAUCAGACCCAUGCCAUGCGAGUGGGAAGGGUGCACAGUUAUUCUCAACAGUUGGUAUAAUUUAACAAAGCAUACCUUAAGACACUGUGAUCGCAUAUCCAACAUAGAGGGACAGUACCAAUGUCGAUAUCUUAGAUGUGCAGGUCGCAUGCACGUCACAAAGGAUGCACUCAAAGCACAUGUGGACCUCAGCCACCUGUCUCGUCUUGCAAUCAGUUGUCCAGUCCGUGAUUGUGAGCGAGUUUUUCCGCGAGCAUCUCAACUCGAGCUCCACUUCACGACCGAUCAUAAGGAUCUCGUCAAUAGCCCUGCGACUCUGGUCUUUGACAGGCUCGUUGCUACCGCACCACCAUCACGACGAAUUAUGACUCAUCCCCCACCAUUACCGUCGUACCAUCAACUACCUAAUUGGCAAUUCACUGUUCCUCUCGUCUCACUGCCACCUCACAAACCAUUUGGUCCACUCGCGCCGGUGGAACCAAUUUCCCGAAAAUGGAGACGAUUGGAUGCACCAGACGAAGAUGACUCAAAUCCCAACCACAUCAUUCCACUCGAUGAUCUGGUCCGCCCAGUGAUUGCACCCCAGCAGUCGAAGCAACUUGUCCCCCACAUACGAAGGCAGCCGCCGUCAUUGAACGAGAACCAAAGGCUCUCGUAUCCUCAAUCCAUGCCUAGCCCACUUCCGCGCAAUGAUUUCGUUCCUACGACCAUCGGUAUCUCCAUCUUCGAGCGGAAAUUCGGAGAGCUUGCAAAAGAUGGAGUGGUCAAUGGAGGAGCAUAGUAGCUCAAGUCUUGCGACUGUAGGGGCGAGAGACAGAGCCGUGGUCGCUAAUUGGCUGUCGUUGUCGCAUCAUGUACUGUUCGUCGUCGUCAUCUUGUACUGUCUUCAUUGUCCUAUACUGCUAUUACAUUAUAUACUGCUAUUCGACAGUAUUGAACUGCUUUUCUGCGGUGUAUAGUUCAAUAUGAUGACUUUUCUUUCUCUC